AAACAGUCACACGGAGUUCUCCCCUCAUCAUCUCCCCCCUUUCUCUCUCUCCUCCACCUUCCUUCAGGCGUCAGGCGUGGCCUCUCCCUUUUUCCAUUCUCUCUCUCUCUCUCUCUCUCUCUCUCUCUACAACUCUCUAUCACUCUCUCACAGUUACACAUCCCAAUUCCAAACAAACAUCAAUAAUACUGUGUCUCCCCCCUUUGUUCCCUUUCUCCAUUCCCACGCUCUCUUUUACCAUCAUAUACCCAACACCAACAGCAGAGCUACAGAGCACCUACCCUCCUCCCUGCUUAAUUAUUCCCCAUUCCAAUUGUCUCUACUCUCUUCAUUUUUUGUUCCACAUGACUACACUGUUUGCCAAAAUCAUUGCUGUUCUUGUUGUUUCCUCCCUCCCUCUAGAGCCCUCUUUUUGCAGCUUUUGACACUCUCCAAACAGACAACAAAGAACAGAGCAACAGGGUAUUAGUAUUAUUCCCUCUAGCUCCUCGAUCUUCGCUCACUGUCAGGUUCGUUUGUUGUUUUGUAGUAUAAAAAGCAUGGAUAGAUCGAUGAGGGAAGAUCGAUAUUCUAAUCGGCGGCAGAGAGAGAAUCCGUCUUUCUCGUCGACGCUUCUCGACGCGAUCUACCGCUCCAUCGACGAGGGAGAAGACGAGCUGGUUCUUUACAGAGAGACAAUGAGGAAGACACGCAGUAAUGGGGCCGCCGCCGUGCACGGCGGCGGCGUGGAAAACGACGAAGAGAUGGCGAAUCUCCGGCGCGCUUGCCUGAUCGAAAAGUGGAUGGAGAAGAAGGUGAGCGAGAAGGUCGUCGUCCGCCGGAAAUCCACGGCGGAUCUAGAGAGGAAGUCGCGCGGUGGUCACUCCCAGUUUCCGAACUCGAGCUCGACGUCUGUGUUUCUGAACUCGAGCUCGAGUUCGUCGGACUCCAGCUCCGGGGGAGGGUUUUCUUCCUCCGAAGCAGAGUCGACUGUGUUUGCUAACCACAAGCCGAAGCCGAUUCGGACCAGCGUUUGGGCUGAGCCGAAGAAACUCAUCAACCUUAACGGAAUGGAUCAUGACAUCCACAUGUUUGAUACAUUCCCUGACGUAAAUGAACAAAAGCCGAAACAGCAAAACGGCUUCGUGAAGACGAAGUCGAAGGCGAUGAAGAUCUACGGCGACCUUAAGAAGGUGAAGCAGCCGAUCUCCCCCGGCGGCCGCCUCGCCAGUUUCCUCAACUCUCUCUUCACCGCAGGGAAUCCGAAGAAAGCGAAGAUUUCAUCGUCUACGGGAGGAUACACCGAGAAGAAUUCCGAUCAAAGCAGUAGGUACUCAAAGUCGACGGCGUAUACGUCCACGUGCUCAUCGGCUUCUUCGUUUUCACGUUCGUGCCUGAGCAAAACGCCGUCGUCACGUGGAAAAUCAAGCAAUGGCGUUAAGAGAUCGGUCAGGUUCGGUCCGGUUAGCGUUGUCGUCGGCGAAGAUUUACAGCCGUGUGGACAGAAGUCGUUGUAUAAAGAUGAUCUCAAAUCGGAGAAGAAUCGGAAUUUAAUCAGAGAUUCAAUCGACGGAGAGCUUAAGUUGCUUAUCAUGGAGAAAAAUCGGCGAGUUGAGGAAGUAGCCAGAGAUUUGCUCAAGAAUUAUCAGAAGAAGGUUGAAAGUGAGUUCAAUACGAGGAAUGUAGAGGAAUUUGGGAUCUACGACGAGGAUGAGGACGACGACGAUGGUGCGAGUUGUGCUAGCUCUGAUCUCUUCGAACUCGACAAUCUAUCGGCCAUUGGCAUCGAGCGGUACCGAGAAGAGUUGCCCGUAUACGAGACGACUCAUUUCGAUACCAAUCGAGCCAUUGCUAAGGGCUUGAUUUGUUGAUUUCCUAAGAUAAAAAAAAAUAAAAAAAAAUGAGAUCAUUUUGUUUUUAUUAUGUUUUAGUUAAUUGGUUUGGGGUCUACAUCAAUCAAGAGAAAUAAAAAUUCUCUUUUUAUUUCA